GCUCCUCCAGUCACACGCUGUCUCUGUUGAGCAGUUCCUGUUCCGGCCCCGGAAACAGAGAAGAGAGUGCGAGAGUUGCCGGGUCAUUCUGACGGGAUUGUCUGCGGUGCCGCAUCUGUAGGCUUAGAAAUAUACCAUGUGCACAGGUUUGAGCUUGGAGAAGACCGCUUCCUUCAGGAAGAAGCUGAAGUCUGACCCCCGUUUUCUACUGGCUCAGAAUGUUGCCACAUGCAGUGAUCCACUGGAAGUGUGUCUACAGAGGCAGACUGUUCAGGACAGUGUACAUGUCUUUCAGCACACCAUUCCUACGGAGGGCAAGCCUGUCACCAACCAGAAAAACUCAGGACGGUGUUGGAUCUUUUCCUGUCUGAAUGUGAUGAGGUUGCCUCUUAUGAAGAAGUUUAACCUUGAAGAGUUUGAGUUCAGUCAGUCCUAUCUGUUUUUCUGGGACAAGAUUGAACGCUGCAAUUAUUUCCUAAAUGCCUUUGUUGAAACUGCACGUUUGAAUGAGCCAAUCGAUGGGAGACUUAUGCAGUUCCUGCUUUCAAACCCCACCAACGAUGGAGGACAGUGGGAUAUGCUGGUUAACCUCAUUGAAAAAUAUGGAGUCAUCCCAAAGAAAUGUUUCCCUGAAUCUCACACCUCAGAGGCUACACGACGAAUGAAUGACAUUAUUAACCACAAGAUGAGGGAAUAUUGCUUACGGCUAAGGAACAUGGUAUCCAGCAGCUCCACUAAGGAAGAGAUCUCUGCGGCUUUGGAAACUAUGAUUGAGGAGGUAUACAGAGUAGUCAGUAUUUGUGUGGGGAGCCCUCCAGAAACCUUUACCUGGGAGUUCAGAGACAAAGAGAAGACAUAUCACAAGAUUGGGCCUGUGACACCCCAGGAUUUUUACACAGAGCAUGUUAAACCAAUUUACAAUGUGGAAGACAAGAUCUGUCUGGUCAAUGAUCCUCGGCCACAGAAUAAGUUUGGCAAACUUUACACCGUGCAGUUCUUGGGUAAUAUGCUGGAAGGUCGGAAAACGCUGUAUAAUAACCAGCCCGUGGAAGUCUUAAAAAAGUUAGCAGCUGCCACUAUAAAAGAUGGAGAGGCGGUGUGGUUUGGCUGUGAUGUUGGAAAGCAUUUUCAUGGAAAACUAGGCAUCAAUGACAUUAACAUAUUCGACCAUGAGCUGGUGUUUGGCGUGUCCGUUAAGAACUUGAACAAGGCAGAGAGACUUAUUUUCGGAGACUCUCUGAUGACACAUGCCAUGGCCCUGACUGCAGUCACAGAGAAGGAAGGACAAGAAGGGGAGUAUGAAAAAUGGCGAGUAGAGAACUCGUGGGGUGAUGACCGUGGAAAUAAAGGCUAUCUAAUCAUGACCGAUGAGUGGUUCUCAGAAUACGUCUACGAGGUGGUUGUGGAUAAGAAGCAUGUACCUGAGGAGGUCCUGGAGGUGUUAAAGCAGGACCCCUUGGUUCUACCAGCCUGGGAUCCAAUGGGCGCCUUGGCUUAGUUAAGAAGUGACUGCAUUUCCCUUCUGCUCUCUCCUUGUCAUCAUCAAGACUAGAAUUUCCCUUCUCCAACUUCAGUGUAGCACUGGAACAAUAGAUUCAACCAAACACUGCAUGUUUUCUCAUGAAAUAGAAGCGGGAUAGACUUUGAUCCCCAGCAGUCUGCUGUACCUCAAACCCAGCACUCAGGAAGUGUCUCUUCAUCCAGAUCAUCUCACCUUCUGAAAGAGCUCUUUAAUUCAAUCCUCUCUUUUGUAUAAAAUAAUAGAUUAUAUUGUUACAGACCUGUACCCAUGGUAUUGAUAAGAAUCCAUCUCUACUUAACAUGGACCAGGAGAGGUGAAUGUAGUAUAUAAACUACAAACACAUACAGUAUGUGCUCUCAUUCUGUAGAUUUGUGCCCUGAAUGUCUUUUCCUGAACCUUAUCCAGGACUCGCUGGCUGCAUUUACAUUUCACUGAG